GCCCCCGCACACGGAAAGGCCUGUACCAUUUUGAAAACGAUUGAGCACCAAGACAACGGCCGUGAUGUCGGGCUCGCAGGCGGCCAUGCAAGUGCUGGCGAACGGCGACAUCAUCGACUGCGGCCGACUCCCCAACAGCGCCCGCAACACGUUGUACAAGACAGAGCUGUGCAAACACUUUGUUGAAACGGGGACGUGCCGGUAUGGCACCAAGUGUCAGUUUGCCCAUGGAGAAGACGAGCUGCGGGGCGUGUUGCGCCACCCCAAGUACAAGACCACCAAGUGCAAAGCGUUCUUGUCCACGGGCAAAUGCACGUACGGCACGCGAUGCCGGUUCAUCCACGACCGGUACCCGUCGCCGGAGGAAGAAGGCAGCGACGACGAGGACUCGAUGACCCGCGCCGAACAAGACCAUUUGAACAUGAAGUCGUCUGGCGGCCGCCUCGCCCGUGUCAACCCCCGGCGCAUGGGGUCGUUGGUCUUUGAGCCCGAAAUCGAAGCGUCAUCGCUCAAGUUGCAGCCUCCGUACCACACUGGACUUGUGGCAGACGGCGUGAAGGCCAAACCUCGCGACGGCCCGAGCGACGACGAUCGGGGCAACCAAGCAGACGACGUGGGGACGUCCGCGGCGUUCUCGAGACUGUCGAUUUUUCAAAAGAUCUGCCGCGCCGCCGACUAGAGCGACGGCCGCGGCAGCCUUGAAACGACCCCGUGUAGUAUAUUUAUCAAAUCACCCCCUCUUCGUACAAUUCACAACGUGUAACAUAUCUGAACCAGCCUCGCUCGUGCUCAUCAUGCUUGAGGAAUGGUCGAAUUUGCCACCGCUCUCUUGACAACGUGUCGAUAACAGUGGAGCACCUUUGAAUCUCGCAUCGGGCCAUCAUACAGAACGCCCUCUCUCUUGAUGCGGAACACUCAUCGUUCGUUGCCGCCAGCUGGCUGCAUGUGGCACAUGCCGUUCGUGGGGAAGUCAGGAGGAGGAACACUCGUAGUAGCGCGCCAUCGUUCAUCUGGCAUCCAAGCACGUUCUGUCACCCAGCGGCGAGUCCCGUCCGCGCUGUCGCCUGCGAUUGAAGCUGCCACGCAGGAAUCCAUCCCACUAGGAUGACGUGGACGAUCACCAGACACUCCCAUGCGCCGCACAUACACUGGCGCCAUGGAUCCAUUUCACCAAAAUCGGUCCGACCGCCUGUUUCCAUCGCGAAGCAUAAGACAACACGGUCGACAAGUCGUAUGCCCGACUGCCUCCACGGAUCGCGGUCGUUCUCGUCCCCAGCAACUCCACUGGAUGUGUUGGAAAGGCCUUUGACGCGUGCAGCGAUGUUGUAACGAGGGCACGUCGUACGGGCCGGCGGCACGCCUUUUUGAGUUGUCGCUUCGUUGGCAAAGAUACAGAUCCUGUGAAUGGUCGGGG